CUGUUCAAUUGAUAGGAAAUGAAAUCUGAAAUUUGGAAGACUACUUGUCAUAUGCAACCUAGUAAAGUGAAGCAAAAUACUUUCGGAAAAUUAUUCAUAUUCAUCAGAUAAAUAAUAAUUUGACACAUAAUCUCAACAAAAUUUCAAACUAGAUCAUUUUAAACCAAUUUGAAUUAACUACCUAAAAAUACUUAUACAAUAUGAGAGGACGCGGUAUAUAUUUGGAAGAAAAAUAUAGCAUAAAAAAAUUAUGAAUGCAAUUUCAGUAAACAAUGUCUAGAAG